CCCGUCAAGAUUAGAUUUGGUAUUUGCUAGCAGAGAGUACUUGGUUAAUGAGCUGGAGCCCUUUCAACCACUAGGAAAAAGUGACCACAUUGUGUUGAAGUGGAAGUGCGAGUACAAACAGACAAUAGACCACACACAUAUGAAAGAAAAGGUGGACACCCCAUUCAACUACAGGAGGGAUCUGUGAGCAGGAAUGGAUCGUCAGGAGUACAACGCCAUUGUGCGCUGGAUCUCGCGGCUCAGCUUCCCAGUGAACAAUGAAGAGCUUGUGUUCCGCAACGUGGACCGCAACACCUUGGGGAGCAUUGCUUGCCAUGAGUAUGUCAGGCACACCAAGCGCACCAUUUACCAGCACAACAAGCCACACAUCAUCGCCAAAUAUUAUAAACAGUUCAUGGACAGCCUGUCCGCCGGCGAGCCGGCGGGCGUGCUGCUGCGGAUGGCCAGCCGGCUGCAGGUGGCGCCCGCGCUGCUCGCCAAGUUCGUCCUCAACUGCUACGCCAACGACACGGACGGCGAGUACCGAGAGCUGGCCGACCGCGGCAAGCGGCAGCGCCUGGCGCAGCUGGUGCGCGAGCCGGACGGCCUGCGCGACCCGCGCGUCUCGGCCGAGGUGCGGCUCUGCGUGCUCAGUGACAACGGCUACGGACCCAUGGCCGAGAUGAUCAAACUCACGGUGGGUCUCGAGUACGAGCUGCGUCUGAAGAAGCAGCUCACUCUGAUGGGGGUGCCGUUCCUGGACGAGGAGGAUCUGCGGCGGCGCGGCCAGGACAAGACGCCCGACGUGCUGCUUGACGUCCCCAUCGCGGUGUCCGGCUGUGUGGUGAACUGGAUAGAGAGCAAGGCGUCGUUCGGAGAUGACGAGACCCACGAGGGGUACAUGCGCGACCAGUACGAGAAGUACUGGAACAGGUUCGGGCCGGGCAUGGUGAUCUACUGGUUCGGCUUCAUCGAGGACCUGCUGCCGGCGGCGUCGGCGCGGCACGUGCUGCUGCAGGACCACCUGCCCGAGGAGCUGGUCGAGUUCAUGGAGCCAGAGCUGGGCGUCACGCCCGUGGACGCGGCCGGAGCCGACUCGGACCUCCAGAUGGGGCCUCUGUUCGACUCGGACGAUAGCGACUAGUGAAAGUGGGAGAAACUGUGGAAAUGUGCCCUCGACCGGGACGCGAGAGCGAUGUGAAAGGUGCGUGUGGCUUACCUUAGGGGGAGCGAUGAGAUGCGAUGGGAAAUACUUGUCGGCGAGGAGACGCUUGGGUGCCUCACAGUUGCCUCCGGGCCGUCUUUCGGGAGCUGAGCUAUCGCGGGCCGAUAUUCCGAACUCCAAGGCGCCAGAAUAAGAAGUGCGGCAAAAUGAGCUCAUUGUUCACAUACAUCUUCAUCGUUGUUGAUUUGUGUCCGUGUUUUGCGCAUUGCUAUAAGUUAUGCCAAAUGUCAUCUCAUGAUCAUCGAGCCUGUAUAUGUAGCGUAUCUUUUGCAAAUGAAGAAGUGUCCAUGA